UAAUCUUAUUUUUAAUUUUAUAAGAAUUUUAGAAAAAACUAAUGUGUUUUAUUUAACUAAAUAAAUAACUAUUAUUGUUCAUUCUAUAGUUGGAAUAUUAUCCUAUUAAUACUAAGUCAAAUAAUAUAAAUGAUAAAAUCUAUUGAAUUUAAUUUUUAUCGAAAUUUUCAUUUUCAUAUGAGAUUUUUUUCAAAUAAUUUUUCUUAGAUAAAUUAUUAAAUUUAUUUAUUAUAUAUCAUUGAAAAUUUUCAAGAUAAAAUAUUUCCAUUUAUCAUUUAUUAACUUAAUAUUCAAUCAAAUUUUAGAUGAACAAACAGUUCAUAGAAAAAGGAAAAAUUUUAUUGUUUUUUUUUUAAAUAGAAUGGUUAAAAAUGGUAAUGACAAAAAAAUCUAAUGGUAAUAAAAACAAAUCAUAUGACCAUCAAGAACAAGAACAGUAACAACAAAUAAAUUUCUUCCUGGUCGACAAAUCUCAAGUCGAACAUCGAAAAAACAAGUACUAAUAAUAGUAAUUCAAUGAUUAAUAAUCAUUCAAAAGAUCAACAUGGAAAAGAUUCAGAUAUAAAUAUAAAAAUAACAAACAGAAAAAAAAGAGAAUAUUAGGUAUAGACAAAACAAAAAGAAAUACUAAAAAUGAUUUUAUUUUUAUGUUGUAUUUAGUCGAUCGGAUAAUACAAGUUCAUCAUCAUUAUCAGAUAGUGAUGUAAAUCGAAUAACACAUCGAUCAUCUAGUUCAUUAUUGGAUAGUUCAAGUUCAGAGAAUGAAACAAGUUCAUCAUCAACAAUAAAAACAGGUUAG